AUGUCAAAUGAAACAGCGUCUAUGAGAGAAAUACAACACAACCGACAACUCAUUAUACAAGCUCUAAAUAAGAACACAACAAACUUUUCAAACUAUUCUAAGAUAUCUGAGUCAUUGAAAGAAGGAAAUUUAAAACUGACAAUAAACCCAAUGACAGAUGAGUUUCUAUUUCAAGACAAGAAGAACAAUACUGUCUGUAUAAAUCCAACAAAAGGAACUUUAAACGAGAAACCUAUAAAUGAACUUCUUUUGAAAGCAGAUGUUGGCAACAAAGCUGACAAAGAAUAUGUAGACGAUGCAAUAGCAAAAGAAGAAGAAAGAGCUAACAAAGCUUAUGCAACAAAAGAACAUACUCAUCCUGAACUAGCAGACAAAAAAUAUGUUGACAAUAAAAUGUCAAUUGAAGUGACAAGAGCUGAAAACGAAUAUUCUAAAAAGACUCAUACACAUACCAUUGCAAAUAUUACAAACUUACAAGAAACCUUAAACAUGAAAAGUGCCGUUGGACAUACACAUUCUAUAUCUGAAAUAACAGACUUAAACGUUAGCCUUGAAAAGAAAGCAGAUAAAACAUAUGUUAACGAUGAGUUAGCAUGUGUGGCUAGUAAGUUAGAGAAGAAAGCAGAUAAGGAAUAUGUGGAUGAAAAAGAUAACGAAAUGAAAGAAAGGGUUGACUGGUACCAUGAAUGGACAUCGAAGAUUUUAAAAAGUAAAGCCGAUACAGGAUGGGUUUCAGGAUGUUUAGACCUUAAAGCGGAUAAAACAUAUGUUAACAAUGAGUUAGAGAAGAAAGCAGACAAGAACCAUACACAUACAAGUUUUACAACUGUUGGUAUAGAAAGUAUUGAAGGAACGGUUGAAGAACCUGAUGGGGAUGUAUUAUAUUGGAAACCUCCUAACUUUCCACAAGGUUUAACAUCGGAUGACGACAUAACGACGAUGAGAAACAUUAGAUGUAAAGAUGUUUAUGUCAUGAAGGAUGAAAAUAACGUUAAAUUCACUGCUCAAGAUUUAUAUGAGAAGAAAGCAGACAAAACAGAGCUUCAAACAUUAAAGACGGAAAUACUUCAAACAUUAUAUCCUAUAGGCUCUAUUUAUACGUCAAUGAACUCUACCAGACCAGAAACAGUACUUGGUUUUGGUGAAUGGAAGCAGAUUGUAGACAAAUUCUUAUACUGUGCUAGAUAUUCAAAGACGGCAGGAGGUUCGAAGAAAAUUAAAGAAGCAAACCUUCCACCGCACACUCAUACAGGAACGACAAACUUUUCUGGUGACCAUAGUCACUCAUUAAGAGACCAUCCAUUAUACAACUCAGAGUAUGAAGCUGGCAAUGACGUUUUAUCUCCAGAUUAUAACCAUUCAGCAAAAAAGACUUUUCGACAAACUGAACCAGGAGGAAAUCAUUCACACACUUUCACAACAAAUCCAACAGGCUUGGGUAAAGACUACAUGCCACCUUACAUGACAGUUUACGCAUGGUAUAGAAUUGCUUAG